AUGAUACGCAACAUCGCAAGGCUAUCCUUUUUAUACGUUUUAAUUAUCGCGAAUAAAUCGGACUGUUACAAAAUUUUGUCCGUUGUCCCAACGCCGUCUUAUAGCCAUCAGAUUCCGUAUAGACGAUUAUGGCUCGAAUUACACGCACGUGGCCACGAGAUUGUAAUGAUCACUACGAAUCCUAUACCGGAUAUCAGCUUACCGAAUUUCACUCAGAUCGAUAUCAGUCAUUCGUACAGUUGUUUAAAGGAACUCGAUUUCAUCGAGAAUCGUUUCGAACACGUUAGCUGGUUGAGGAUCUUAGAGAAUUACAUUAUAUCUUUGUACACGUGUUUCUUGACCGAGGUGUUCAAUUCAUCUGAAGUGAAAAAAUUGUAUGUCCCGGAUAAUCCUGUAAAAUUCGAUGUUUUGUUGGUGGAAUUUUUCUACGGACCAGCUAUGUGCGCUUUUGCUCACAGAUUUAACGUUCCAUUAAUAGGAUUAAGUUCAUUGGGAAUGAUUGCCUUGAAUGAAUUUAUUCUUGGAGGGCUCGUUCUACCUUCUCAUGAAUACACAUGGGAAAUGGAAGCGAACACGGGCACAAAUUUGCCAUUCUUCAAGAGAUUGAGUAAUUUCGUGACUAUGUGGAAUUUCCUGUACCAUAUUAAUUUCGAUAUAUUUUUCUUCCAACAAAAACUGGCAGAGAAAUAUCUUGGACCACUACCACCAUUGAUGGAUAUUAUGAAAAACGCUAGCUUAAUUUUUACCAAUCAGAUAGACAUUUUAUCACCUGCACGGCCCAAACUUCCGAAUAUAAUCUCAUUCAAUUCUUUCCACGUGUCUGACAAUCCGUCACCUUUAUCGAAGGAUUUGGAAGAAUUUCUAGACGAUGCGAAAGAAGGAUUUAUUUAUUUCAGUCUUGGUACAAACGCAAGAAGUUCAUGUUUGCCAAAAGAAAUUAAACGCAUGUUUUGCGAUAUUUUCGCAAAAUUGCCAUAUAAAAUCGUGUGGAAAUACGAGCAAGAUUUACCCGAGAAAUCCGGGAAUAUUUACAUUAAAGAUUGGUUUCCUCAACAGAGUAUUCUUGCUCAUCCAAAGAUUAAAUUGUUCAUUUAUCAAGGAGGUCAACAAAGUACCGAAGAAGCGAUUAAUUUCGGAGUGCCAAUUAUCGCUUUUCCAAUAUUAGGAGAUCAAGAUUAUUUAGUAAGAAGAAUUGAAGCUCUUGGAAUGGGAAAAUAUUUGGAUAUUAGAACAAUUAUUCCAGAUCAAUUCGAAAAUGCUAUUAAAGAAGUUAUAACCAAUAAAGAAUAUAAAGAAAGAGUGCUCGAUAUUCGAACUCAAAUUAGAGAGACAUCUCAGGAUGUGAAAAAAAUUGCUUGGUGGACGGAAUAUGUGAUACGAACAAAAGGCGCUUUACAUCUUCGUUCCACACUAGCCUGGGAACCUUGGUAUCAACGUUAUGACACGGAUAUUAUAAUAUUCUUGACGAUUGUGAUAUUCGUGAUCUUUUUAAUUGUUAUCAGUAUUAUUGUCAAUAUUCUGAUGUAUUUUUAUAAAAAGAUGGACACUUCUACUCAUCGAAAAAACAAGAUACAUUAAAAUCAAUAUGAUUUUUUGAAAUUGCUAUUUGUCAAGAGGAAAAAGAUUUCUGUGCAUACACUUUGCAAUGAUAAACUGAUAAUUGCAAUGAUAAACUGAUAUUUCUGAUAUUGUAUAUAACAUCUUUUCCAGAUAUUAAAUGUAAAUAUUAUAUACAUAUCAUAUUUAUAUUUCAGUUAUGUAAAAGAAGAUAGUCUCAGCAAGAUUCACUUUUUUUUAAUAAAAGAAAAAUGAAGUGUUAAGAAAAAUGAUUGAAAAAAAUUAUAAUUUUAUAAUUUAAAUAAUUUAACAGAAGACCAACGAUGAAAUUAUGAAAUACACGUUACGGUUUUCUUCAGAUUUCUAUAUACAUUUUUUAUGCAAAUCUCAAUUUUGCAUAUCAAUUUUUCUAUUUGUUUCGACUUCUAAAAUGAAUCAAAGAGAAUAUAUUUCUACUAAUAUCCUAUAACUCUUAUGGAAAAAAAAAGAAGAAAGAAAGAAAGAAAGAAAGAAAGAAAGAAAGAAAGGAAUUUUCGAGCAACUUUAUGAAAGAAAAAAAUCCAUCGCAAUUAAGAAAUAAUAAUUUCAUUCAAAAAACGACGUCAAGAAAAAAAAAUUGAUAGAGAAAGCACCUUAAUAGACGUGCGCAUACUUGGUAAGGAACAUCGAGUUGCAACAACAACGUUGAGAAGCAAAGACAAACAUAGAUAAACAAGUAUCAAACUCUCGUUGCAUGAAUUAUCACACUCCGCCUCGUUUACAUUUGUUUGUCGAUGCUGCACUGUUUGCAGCCGUGCUUGCCUUGCGUUCGUUCAUCACACGUUGUCGACGUUGUGAAACUUUUAAUUCAUCUUCGAAUAAACGUCGUUACAGAACUUCUGAUGGUACACGAGGAUAAAUGAAAUUAGUAUUGAUUAUUCAUCGAUUAAAACUUCGCUCGAUGGAAUUAAUGAAUUAUCGAAUUAUUAAGGGAAAUUAAUGUAGCCAAGUGUGAAUUGUUCGAUAAUUAUAUUAUCAGAUAAUCGAAUCGUUAGAAUUUCUUUCAAGGACCAGAAGAUUCGAUAUUGAACGUGAUUUUUAUUAUUCAAAUUUUAUACAGAUUUUCUAAACUCAUUUAUUGAUUAAAUUUAUUAGAAUCAUUAUUAGAAGAAAAUAUAUCUGAAAAUAUUAAGAGAAGAUAAUGGAAUAAAGUGUACAAAUUUUAGAAAAAGUGAUGCAAUAGUAAAAAUUGUAAAUACCAAUAUUUGCUUAUAAUUUCAUUUGAAUUUAUUAUCGAUUAAAAUAUUAAUCAAAGGAAAUGGAAAAGAAAGAAAUAUUUAUAAAAAAAAAAGAUAUAACAACAACAAUGAGUAUCUAUAAUUUUUUAAACAUCCUCUCAAACUGGCCAAAACAUCUUAAUAGGAAAUUCCACAAUUGAUGUAUAAUCAAUCUCGAUUAAAUUUACAAACGGCAAAUGACAAACGUGGCGAGGAGCUCAAGUAAACUUUCAUUUCAAUUGAAACGUGUAAGCGUUGUAAAUAAUUCAUUGAACGUGAGAGCUCCUAUACUCACGUCGAUGGCUAAGUUCCCAUGUCUGAUUGAUACGGUUUGCUACUGCUAUUUCUGGUCUCUAUUUCCUAUCUGCACACUGUCAAUCAUUCGCUGUUACGAUCGGCAAGUUUAAUACAUGUAUACAUAGAAUACGAGAGAGCGGAGCCAUCUACACAGUAACAUUGUACGUGUCAACCGUAAGAGGCUUCUAUGGCUCGAGUUCCAUUAUGACUUUCCUUCGAAUUUCCUGUAAUGUAUGCUAAAUCUUUCAUUUCAAUUACCUAUAAUCGCUCAUGAAUUCUGAUAGAAAAGCGGAAAUUCAACUAUAAUUUAUCAAUAAAUAUUUAUAACAGAUAUAUAUAUAUAUAUAUAUAUGUCAGCGUUUAUAAUAUUUUUGUAACUCCUCAAUCAUAAGUCAUUUCUUAUGAUACCAGGAAAAAAUUCGCAAAAUUGCACAAAUUAAGUACAAGAUACAAUCUGUUCAACGAAUGAAGGGAGAAAAAAAUUUAUCCCUAAAUUUCAACAAUUUUAGUAUCGCGAAAACAUAUCCAUCUCCAUCCGAAAAUUCACAUUUCCACAGGCUGGGUUUAGGAAGUCUUAGAGCAUUGUCGGUCGCAUCAAUAACAUCGACGACGAAUUCCACGGCGAAUCCAUUCGGAUGUAUCAGCGCAGAUAUAACGUCACCGACGUAUGCCUAAUUUAUUCGUCCGCCCGAGAGGCCAUAGGUAUGCAUCGAAUUCUACGGAUUCUUUGGGAAAUUGCUUGCCGGCUGGAGCGGCACGCACCGACGAGCUUCCACGUCCGCAUAGAAAUGACCGGUAGAAUGGACCUUUGAACCCUUUUCUCCAUCGAAAUACGAAAAAUUCUUAUCUCAAAUAAUAUUCAUCACCCCUCGGCGGUGGAGGAGGAGGGCCGAGUUCGAGUAAAACGUUUGGAAUUUCGAAUGGCGCAUUAUCGAGCGCGAAAAAUCGAAGGUCGUCGAAUCUAUUGGCCGAGAAAGAAAGAGAAAAAAGAAAGAAAGAGAGAGAAAAAAGAAAGAAAAAAAGAAAAAAAGUUACCUUCCUCCUCCAAUCUCCUCCCGUUCUCCUUCUUUAUUUGUCUUUCUCUUCACUUCGCUCCCCUCCGCGUUGCCUGGUAAUGCCUAGUUACUUUCCUCGAUCUUCCCUCUCGGCCCUCACUUCCUUUCCCUCUCGCUGGAAUGGAAUGGAUAUGUUUUCUUGGACCAAACUCGCUUUUAUUCCAACCCCCACCCUCCCUCGUCCACCGGUUAUUAUUAUGCCUCCGCUGACCCGUACAAACAAUGACGUCGUAGAAAAAGUAUCCGUUCCACCCCUAUAUACCCCCCCU